AUGUUUCAACGAACUGAAAAAUUGGAAAAAUGUUUAUUAUUAACAUAUCCAAAAUAUUUUCUAGAUUAUCAAGAUCCACAGAAAGAAGACAUGGCAGAAAAGUUAUUGAAUACACUUGGAAAAUCUGCAGCUCAAUUAUUGUCGCGUUACUCAAAAAUAAUUGAUGAACCUGUUAUUGACUUACUUCAUAUAUUAAAUCAUAGUUUUCAAUUGUGUACAACAGCUAAAGUACUCCAUACUCAUCAAUUAUUACCACUCAUUGAUGAACUUUUAGUAAUACUAGAUGAAAAAGCAUCGUCUUGGAAAGAAAAUUCAUCGAUUAGUAAAUAUUGUCUUGAUCUUCUACAAACUUUAACGGAUAAGAACGAAUCAAUUCGGAAACAUGUUCAACAACGAGAAAAUGUUUUCCAGAAAUUGAAAGAAUUAAAUCGUCCUAGUAGUGCAAAUGUAUUGUCGGAUACAGAAACAGCAUUUUGCUAUCGUAGAGAUGAAGAAAAUAAUGUACACGAACUUUUCACAUCAAAUAAAAAUCAAAAUAAAGAAGAAAUAACGCUGAUCUGGUGUGAUCAAAAUAUUAAUGUUCAUGACGAUACGAAUGGAACAGCUGAACUACUUCAGCAAGUGAAUGACAAUAUUAAUCAAAUUCAAACAGAAAAAAUAUUUCUGAUUUUAUCGGGUAAAACCGUAGAUGACAUGAUAGACAAAGUUUAUAAUUUAAAGCAAGUGGAUUCGAUUUAUAUAUUUUGUAUGAACAGUGUUAAAUAUGAACAUUAUCUAAAUGAACCAGAUAAUAAAUAUUAUAAGAUUGUUGGAAUAUAUACCGAACAUGAACCACUAUUACGAGCUGUACAAAAGAAUAUUUGUAAUGUGAUCAAACAAUCGCAAGUGGCAAGUUUAUUGAAGCAAUAUAAACGAUCGACAAGAGUUGAGAAAACGAAUGAUUUUCUUUAUGGUUUGUGGUGUAAUAAACAUAUAAAUCAAAAGCAAUAUGAAAAAUUGAAAGUAAGUAAAGAGCAAGCUGAACUAGCACAUCUUUAUUUUCUUCCGAAAGCACAUAAACCAAAUACACCCCUAAGACCAAUCAUGGCUGGAAUGAAAUCACCAACCAUAAAUAUAUCGAAAUGGUUAGAUAAUCUUUUAAGACCCAUAUUCGAUCGAUUGGCAAUUGAUACGACAGUAUUAAAUGGGGUAGAAUUAUUAAAGGAAAUUGAAAGAUGGUCGGCAAAUAAUUUAACUAUGACCACAUCUUUCGUUACCAUGGAUGUUACAGACCUAUACACCAUGAUACCUCAAGAAGGAGGUGUAACAGCCAUAAAACGUCUAAUAGAAGCAAGUGGUCAAAAGCAGAUCGAUGGUGUGAAAAAAGAAAUCAUUCUAGCACUCACCAGAUUUGUAAUGACAAAUAACUACUUCUAUUUUGAUGGUAUUUAUUACAAACAAAUACGAGGCGGAGCAAUGGGAUCGCCACUCACAUUGACAAUUGCUAACGCAUACAUGUAUUUUGUCGAACGUCCGAUAGCAAAAUGGGCUAGUAGAACAGCAUCUUUGUAUUUUAGAUACAUCGAUGAUUUAUUUAUUAUGUCGAAUAUACAUGCAGAUGUAUUAAAAGGUCUCGUAAGAUUUUGGAAUAGACUCGAUAUUAAUAUCGAACUUUCCGAAUCUAUUGGCACAUCUGCAGAGUAUUUGGACGUUAAACUUGAAAAUAGAGGAGGACAAUUGGUAUCAGAUGUAUUCCAUAAACCAUCACAUGAGCCAUAUUUCCUUCCUUUCUCAAGUAUACAUGCUGAGCAUAUAAAAAAGAACAUACCAUUUGUAGCCAUAACGAGAGCUAUGAGAUACUGUUCAAGUUAUGAAGCUUUCAAACAUGAGGAAAUUCAUAUUUGUAUGGCAUUAUUAUUGAACAAAUAUCCAAUGGAUUUUAUUCUUAAACAAAUUGAAAGAGUUUUUCAAACAUUUCAAUGCGAAAUUCCAACCAAAGGAAAUUUCUCAAAUAUAAGAAAAAUCUUUCUCGGCAUCACACAUAACAAAACAAAGAGGACUGAAAUUGAUAUUGAAGUCACAAUUUUAUGUCAUUUUUCCUUCUGCAAAGGAAUGCAGGAUUUCUCGACUCAAUUCCAUCAAAUGUGGAACACUUGCUUCACAGAUACAGCCAUUUGUGGUAUGAAACCGAUAUUAGGUUCUAAGAGACUACAUAAUCUUCAAGAUUAUCUUGUUAAGAAGAAACCAGAUCGUUCAAGGCUUGGCUUAGAGAACAAAUAA